CAGAGGGCGCCGCGCUACAGAUUAUCCAAUCAGCUUUAAAUAAAAAGCAUCGCGAGUCUUCGGUGAGACUCUGCUCUAUAAGCCCCUGGAAACGAGCGUUGGAAAUCCCUUUUACGAAGAUGGCGCCGAAAGCUAAGAAGGAAGCCCCUGCCCCUCCCAAAGCCGAAGCCAAAGCAAAGGCUUUGAAGGCCAAGAAAGCGGUGCUGAAAGGCGUCCACAGUCACAAAAAAAAGAAGAUCCGCACAUCACCUACGUUCCGACGACCCAAGACUCUGCGUCUCCGAAGGCAGCCCAAAUACCCUCGAAAGAGCGCCCCCAGGAGAAACAAGCUUGAUCACUAUGCCAUCAUCAAGUUCCCCCUGACUACUGAGUCAGCCAUGAAGAAAAUAGAAGACAACAACACACUUGUGUUCAUUGUGGAUGUCAAGGCCAACAAGCACCAGAUCAAACAGGCUGUGAAGAAGCUCUAUGACAUUGAUGUAGCCAAGGUCAACACCUUAAUCAGGCCUGAUGGAGAGAAGAAGGCAUACGUUCGGCUGGCCCCUGACUAUGAUGCUUUGGAUGUUGCCAACAAAAUUGGGAUCAUCUAAACUGAGUCCAGCUGGCUAAAUCUAAAUACAGUUUUUUCAUGAUACAUGUUUGUCUGUUGAUUUGUUGGCUGGGCUUUGGGGAGGC